UCAAGGCGGGCCCGAAGGGCCCCCUGCGGCGGCAGCCCCGGCGGCGGCUGGCCUGGCCCGCUUGGGCCAUGGCCGACGCAGGGACCUCGCAGGCAGUGGACUUCAGGGCCAAGGAGAAGGCCGUGCUGGCCUACCUGCUGACCAUCCCCGAGGUCUCGCGCGCGGUGUCCCAGCAGCGGGCAGGCCGCUCUCAGGACGCCAAGGCGAGUAUGCGCGCGGCCAUCGCGCAGCUCCCGCCUGAGGUGCUGGCCAGAGCCGCGCCCGGGACCGCGCCUGCCGCUGCCCCGGCGCCCCUCGCUGGCGCGGGCUGUGAGGCCGCGGCCGCGGCCAGCCAGGCCGGCGCUGGCGGUUGAGCGCCAGGAGGUGAAAAAACGCACAGACACAAUGAAACGUCGAUUCGGAGAAUAUAGGAAACGGGGGCGGCUGCGGUAAGCUGUCGCAGAGUCUCCAGUUCCAGCCGUGGACGUAGGCGGGCGUCUUCCCCAGGCGCGCCCCUGGGCUUCCACCAGACUUUGGCCAGGCUUUCCCUUCUGGCUUCCACGGGGUCACGUGAGGUCUCAUCCGGCCAGACGUUGCCGGGAUCUCCGCGGUUCUAAUCGCGCAGCGGAGGCUUUGCGCCAGCUGACCGGGCGGCAGGGCACGCGUCGAGAAGCUCACCCGGCGUGAACCAUUGCACCACGUGGCGCCGCAGAGAAAAAUGGCGGAUUCCCUGCUUACUGUGUGUAUAUGUUGCCUCUUCCGCUGGUGUCCCUGAUUUGUCCCAUUCCUCCUUCCACGCGUGCGCUUCUGCUUUAGUGCCAUGUGGCAGUCCUGACCUGUCCAGUGGUGUGUUGUCUCACGUCGUGGAGCCGUUGGGUGGUGGCCGCCGUUGCAGGAGAAA